AUGGCCGAACGCCCGCUGCGCAUCCUCUGUCUCGGAGACUCGCUGACGGCCGGCUAUACGCAGGCCGGUCUGCUCUUCCACCCGUACCACCAUGCUCUUGUGCGGAAGCUCAAGGCCGCCUUUCCCGACCUGGAGGUCGACGUGGUGGAGGACGGGUUGAGCGGCGAUGUCUCGUCGCACUUCUCUGCCCGCCUCACGGCUGCAUUUCGGGCUAAGAAGAUGAUGAGGCCGUUCGACUGGACCAUUGUGCUGGGAGGGACAAACGAUCUCUGCUCUGGUGCGUCGCCGGAACAGACGUUUGAGAACCUGGAGCGCGCCUGGUCCAACGGGAUUUUGCGGAGGAGCAAGGUGCUCGCGCUCACGGUGCCGGAGAUGGCGACGACGUCCAGCUCGCCUGUGGUUGCAAGCAUCAAUGCGCGCCGAGACCGGCUCAACGCUCUUGUGCAGGGCUACACGCACGAGGACUACUAUUCGUACGACUUCAAGUCGGCGUUUUCUUACACGGCCAUGUCCGAGGAGGACCGCAAACGGUACUGGGACGACACGCUGCACUUCACGCCAGCCGGCUACGACCUCAUGGGCGAUAAGAUCGGGGCGGCGCUGGUGGACAUUCUGCACCGGGAGGCGGACGCACGGGAGCAGGACCAGCUGCUGAACAACGGGGUCGAACAGGGCCGACAGCGGCUGCGUCGAAAGAGGAAGUUCAAGGGCGACGAGAACAGCUUCGAGGAGGAGAGCGGCAGCCCUGGAGAUCUGCGGCGGGGAUACGUGGUGGUGCGGUGCAAAGACCUAGACUAA